AUGGCUACGCUCGUGGAGACAUCGCUACCUACAACCUCUUCUGAGGAGCGGAUACGGGCGUUGGAGGAAUGGCUUCUCAAUCUCGAUUCGAAGUACGAAGCGCUGUUGAAGAGCUUCGAAUCCCGCCCACCAACAGCUCAAUCUGGGGAAAGGGCGGAGAAAGCAGAGCCAAACAUCUCUUCCACGGCCUCAGAAGGUGUGGCCCCUGGUAACGACUCUCAAACACCAAGGACAAAGAUCGGCCACAAUGGGCAUCCGCGAAUCAAGAUUGUCAGGACCUGCAAGAAUCCUGACACAGGGGAGAUGAUUGAGAAGGAGGAUAAUCCAGCACCGAAGACAGAAGACAGGGACCAAAUUGCUUUCAUCUUGAAGAAGUUGCAGGCUGACCAGGUCCCAGGAUCAGAUGACAGUUCAGAGAUUGAUAUUAUCAGUCUUGAUCUGUGGGAUCUUCUCAAAAAGCACCUUGCCGCCACGCCUCGUCACCUAUUCCGAGGCCAGCCCAUUACCAUGUAUUCUCCGUUCGAGGCCUUUGUUCAUAAUUUUGACCUCUUGCAGACUGUAGCAACUGAGAUUAAUGAACAAGACAACGAACAACAGAAGCAAGCCCGCAAAGAUCUGGAGCUUCUCCUCGGUGUAAUCUCUGGUGGUUCCUCCGGUGACGAGAAACUAAACAAGUAUUUCAAGAUGAGAGACUCGUAUCUCAGCGAUGGCACUAUUCAGUUUGACGAUCUUUGGACAAUAUUUCCUCCCGGGGCCCUGAUCUACGGCAAGCCGUUCCAAGGCGAGGAACAAGUCUUCGUUGUCGCGGACAACUGGAGUCCUUGGCCACGGAUAAGAGACCAUCCGUCAACAUGGAAGCCUUGGGGACUUGCCUGCUGGGUGUAUGACUGGACUGGAGCUGAGUUUAAGAGAACUCCCUUCGAUGUGAAGAUUGAGGGGUUUGAAGGAAGGAAACCCGUCACAUCUUUGCCAUAUUAUCCCUUGGAAUUCAUGGAAACUUCAGAACUGAGGUCUAUCAAGGCCAAAUUGACAGCCAGAGGCAAGAAGUUUCGAAAAUAUUGUGAAGCCAAAGAAGGCUCACGGAUGUUUGAAUACGCGGGUGCUGCUAUACACGGAAUGAAGGGAUUCACCGGCAUGGGUCAAGAUGGCACGGAUGAUAGUGAUUCUCGAUCAGCGAGGUCAGUCUACGACCAUUUGGAGCGUUUACGCCGACGGGGAUCGGGGGACGAUGCUGAGAUAUCCACCCCAAGGUCAAUAUAUACAGUCGAUCGGGUCAUGGUUGACUACAUAUCCUACUUCCAGUAUGGCCCAUCCACAAAACGUCUUGGAGGGCUGGAAUCGACGGGUCAAAGCUGGAUGGACUGUUCAUGCUCAGACUGUGCGAAGAACCAGGCGCUCAUUACCAAGUUCCGUAUGCAUUUUGACAAGCUGAGUAUUCAGCUCAGAGAAGACUGGGAGGAAGAACAGUACCUCAUAUGUCCGCCACGUGUCUUGGGAUAUAUCCUCAAAGGCAAGCAAUGGGCGCAACUACAGGUCACCAAUCUCACAGAGAUCCCGCGCUCGGACGAUAACAACUCCUGGAAUAAGCGAUUGCAGCUUGCCGACGACAAAAAGGAUGGCAAGACCAAGAGUCUAUUAUUUGAUCUUGUUCGAAGCCAUAUUUCGUCCUCCGCAGAAGAUCGCAAUCAGGACAGGAGUCUCGAAGUCAACGACAUCGUGGCCGGAAAGGGGAAGGGGUUGAUCAUCCUACUUUACGGGCCUCCUGGGGUUGGUAAAACGUCCACGGCGGAAACAAUUGCAGAAGCUGCGCGGAAACCGUUAUUCAGUAUCAGUGUCGCAGAUGUUGGUACAGAAGCCAAGCACGUUGAGUCCAACCUAGCGAGAAUCUUUGCUUUGGCUACCUCUUGGCAGGCAAUUCUACUCCUCGACGAAGCAGAUGUUUUCCUCGAAAGCCGAGGAAAGGGAGACUCCACAGACAGGAAUGCCCUUGUUUCAGUCUUCCUCAGGGUUCUUGAGUAUUAUCAAGGCAUAAUGUUUCUCACCACCAACCAGAUUGCCCAAUUCGACGUGGCGAUUCCCUCUCGUAUCCAUAUCUCCAUCGCAUACAAACAUCUUAACGAAGAUCAGAUGAAGAGUAUCUUCAAAGGGUUUCUCGACCCCCUCAGGGAUCGCGACUUAAUUCAGAACUACGAAGGCAUCAUGGAAUAUCUCGAUGAGUAUGUGUCUGCCAUGAGGUUUGACGGCCGGCAAAUUCGAAACAUCGUCACAACCGCAUUGGCUCUUGCUAGAGCGGAGACAAGGUACAAGGGGGGCACUGGGAAGUUGAAGCUGGAUCACUUGAAGACAGUGGCGACCAACACCAAUAAGUUCAAGGACGACUUCUCAUUACAGUAUCAACGAUACAUCGAGAACCAGAAGAGUGUUAAAAGUUUCGCCACAUAG